AUGUUGGAGCGACCCUCGGCAGACGAUCAAGCCACCUCUGGCUCUGCCCAAUUGGACUCCGCAGAAAAGGAGCAGGAAGUCCACGAGUAUCCUGGCAUUCACAAGCGGGUGCUCAUUAUGAUUUCUCUCUACUUGUCCAUUUUUCUAAUCAUUCUCGACCAAAACGUCAUCUCGACAGCUAUCCCACGCAUCACCGAUGAGUUCAACUCAAACGACGACAUUGGCUGGUACGGUUCCGCCUAUCUACUAACGACCUGCGCCUUCCAACUCCUCAUGGGCAAGGUCUACAAGUUUUACCCCACCAAGACCCUCUUCCUCAUCGGCAUCUCAAUCUUCGAGAUCGGCUCCGCCGUCUGCGGCUCGGCGCCUAGCUCCAAGGCCUUCAUCCUCGGUCGCGCCGUCGCCGGUCUCGGUUCCUCGGGCCUCUUCUCCGGCGUAAUGGUCAUCUUGUUCCACACCGUCCCGUUGCAGGAGCGACCCCUGUGGCAAGGUGGCCUCGGGGGCGUCUUUGCUCUUGGGUCUGUUUUCGGGCCCCUCGUCGGCGGUACCUUGACCGACAAGGUGACCUGGCGGUGGUGUUUCUAUAUCAACCUCCCCAUCGGUGCAGCGGCGAUCCUCGUUGUCUUUUUCAUCCUGAAACUCCCGCACCAGAAGCUUGACAAGCCUGCUGACAGCUGGAUUGGCAAAAUUAUGCAGCUCGAUCCUAUUGGUAACCUCUGCUUCUUCCCAGGUAUUAUCUGCCUCAUCGUCGCCCUGCAAUGGGGAGGCACCAAGUAUGCAUGGAGCAGUGCCCGUAUCAUCGUGCUGCUCGUCGUCUGCGCGGUCCUGGUCAUUGCUUUUAUUGGCAUUCAGAUCUGGAAGCAGGAUGCCGGCACUAUCCCCCCGCGGCUGCUCAAGCAGCGCAGCAUUGCCGCCGCGACUUUCUACUCCUUCUUCUACGGCGCUGGCUUGAUGGUUUUGACCUACUACCUUCCCAUCUGGUUUCAAGCUAUCAAGGGCGUCAGCGCCAUCAGGUCAGGUAUCAUGCUGCUGCCCUUGAUGCUCAUGACCGUCUUGGGGACCGUCGUCUCUGGCAUCGUCAUAUCGAGGACGGGUUACUACACCCAGUUCUUCCUCAUCAGCUCCAUCAUCAUGCCCAUAGGCGCCGGUCUUAUUUCAACCUUCACACCGUACACCGGCACUGGCAAGUGGGUGGGCUACCAGAUCUUAAUGGGGCUUGGCACCGGCUUCGGUUUGCAGCAGCCGAUGAAUGUCGUCCAGACCGUCCUCGACAGAAGCGAUAUCGCGACCGGCUCCGCUCUCGUCACCUUUAUGCGUUUCCUCGCUUCAGCAAUCUUCCUGCCCGUUGCCGAGAACAUCUUCCUCAACACACUUGUCAAGAAGCUCACCAAUAUCCCCGGCAUCAACCCAGAUGACAUCACCGGUGGUGGUGUCAUCAAGCUCAGACAGCUGGCUUCGGGUAAGACGCUCCAGAUGCUGCUGGUUGAUUACAACACCGCCAUCAACAAUGUGACAUACAUGGUGGUUGCGACAUCCGCUAUCACCAUAUUUGGCAGUGUCUUUGUCGAGUGGCACAGCUUGAAAGCUCGCGCAGAGGUACAAGCAGGCGGCGCCGCAAAGGCAGAGGAGGACAAGGCCACGGAGGUCGUGGAGAGGACGGAAUCUGUUUAA